AUGAGUACACGUUAUUCAACUCAGCUACAAUCCUCAGCCAUUACAUCCAUUACCGUCUCCUCUUCUUCUUCCUUAGACAUCACUCCACGUGAUGAUGAUGAUGAUGAUAACAGUCACAUAGCAUCAGCUUCCAACACUCGAGAGAACUCUCCAACGUCCUUCUUGAUAAGACUUGCAAUGAGAGUAUCCAGAGCAAAGUGGUUCAUUUUCUUGAGAAGAGUGUUUCAUUACCAAAACGGUUCAAGAUCAGAUCUUGGCGCCAACCCUUUUGAGUCAACCACUUGGAUGAUAUCAGAGCUCAUCGCUUUACUUGUACAGAUCACUGUGAUCACAUUCACAUUAGCUUUGUCCAACAACGAGCGGCCUAUUUGGCCCGUGAGGCUCUGGAUCACAGGGUACAACGUCGGAUGUCUCCUCAGUCUGAUGCUAUUAUACGGACGGUACCGUCAGCAAGACGUUAAUGGGUUUAGCUUUGGUGAUAUUGAGCAGCAGCAACAGAGAAGCAGAGAAGAGACCAGGUGCUCGCAUUUGAUGAACAGAUGCAGGACGUUGCUGGAACUGUUCUUUGCGAUAUGGUUUGUGAUUGGAAAUGUAUGGGUGUUUGAUUCUCGGUUUGGUUCUUUCCACUAUGCUCCAAGCCUUCAUGUUCUCUGCAUCUCUCUUCUCGCUUGGAACGCUCUCUGCUACUCCUUCCCGUUUCUUCUCUUCCUCCUGCUAUGUUGUGUGGUGCCUCUCAUAAGUAGCUUCCUUGGCUACAACAUGAACAUUGGAUCCUCCGAGAAAGGAGCUUCAGAUGACCAAAUCUCAAGUCUCCCAAGUUGGAAGUACAAACUCAUUGACGAAACUUCUGAUUCUGAUUCUUCUCACGCAAGCAAUGAUCCGGAGUGUUGUAUAUGUUUGGCGAAGUAUAAAGAUAAAGAAGAAGUGAGAAAGCUACCAUGUUCGCAUAGAUUUCAUGUAAAAUGCGUAGAUCAAUGGCUUCGUAUUAUCUCUUCUUGUCCUCUCUGCAAACAAGAUCUCUCCAACUAA